AUGCCUCCUCCCCUUAAAACUCAUUCAGGAGAAGGGUUUUCUUUGCAUGCGUUGCCGUCAGCCACAUCGGAAGUGCUGCUGCUCAGUGCUGCGCUGCUGCAGCGGGAGUGUCUCUCCAGCCUCUUCUCUCAGUCAAUUCAGAGGGCAGGAGGAGACACCUCAGCGUAUGCUGAGGAGACACCUCAGUGGGAGACAGAUAGCUGCCUUUGGGCUAUUCGCCUGAGUGUGGGGCUGCCAGAUGUCCCCACUGUCUCCUUUCGCGAGGUUACAAGUGUCUCCUCGCCCCUUAAAGAUAGCCUGCCCUCGCUGCAGCUGCUGCAGGCUGAAGCGUCCCUUGUCUCCUCUCUGUCAAGGAGAGACAGAGAAAGAAGAGAAGGGGGAUCUGGGGGAGCAGGAGAAACAGAGAAAAUAGAGGCCUUGGAGACAGUUAAAAGGCUUUCCAACGCGUUGCAGCCUCGCAGGUGUCUCCUCAUCUCUUCUUCGCAGCGCCUGCUGCACGUGCUGCAGCAGCUGCUGCGGCUAAUAAAACCCCACAGUCUGCAGCGGCAGCUCUUUAAGGAGACACCUGUCUCCGUCGCCAGCCACCUCAACUCAGAGGAGACAGCACUUGCUCCUGCGGGAGAGUUCUUGUUAGCUGUAAUGCGUCUCUGUCUGCAGCAGCACGCUGCUGCAGCACGGAGACAGCAGCAUGCUCUGUUAAGGAGACAAGAAGCAGCAAGGGCCACGCGAGAGGGAGGAGACAGGCAAGGAGACAGCGCAGUUGUUGUCUCCCCACAGAGCACCAACUGUCCCCAGGAGAAAGGACCUGCUGCAGACCCCACAGAAGAUAAACUAAAAGAGUAUUUGUUACGCCUUCGUGCGGAGCGGGAGGCCCUCGAGACUUUGCAGUCUGGCCACAGCAUGCAGGGAAUUGAUGCAGGAAGCAGGGCUUCAAUCCCUCUGUCUCCUCGCGCUUGGGAACGCCGGUGCACCCCAGGAAAGCAGCAACAGCAGCAGCUGCAGCAACAGCAGCAGCUGCAGCAACAGCAGCUGCUGCAGCAACAGCAGCUGCUGCAGCAACAGCAGCUGCUGCAGCAACAGCAGCUGCUGCAGCAGCUGCAACGAUGCUCCCAGAAAGGAGACACUUUUCUUUCAGAGAGGAACCUGUGGAGACGCGAGCCAGAAAGGGACCCAACGAGGCCGUACACCCCGUGGCUCAGCAACCAGCACCAAAAUGAAGGAGACAGCAUAGUAGCAGGAGACAGCAGAACAGCAGGAGGCAGCAGAGCAGCAGGAUACAACAGAGCAGCAGGAGACAGCAGCGCAGCAGGAGACAGAAGAGCAGCAAGAGACAACGGAGACUCUUCCUGUAAGAACCCAGCAGCAGCAGCUCCACCUAGGGCCCCACUACAAACACUGUCUCCGUCGUGGCUGGGCCCUCAGGGGGGCCCCUGCAGCACUUUUGAAGGAUGCCGCAUCCCCCUAGAGUUGAAGGCCUUGGAAGAGGAGCUGCGCCCUUCUCAAAAAGGAGACAGGCAAAAGCGCAGCCUCGUGCGUCUCCUGGCGAAGUGGUUGAGGACCCCAGCGUGGAGACAGAGACUGAGGGGAGGAGACAGCGAGUCAGGAGACAGCAGGACAGAGGGAAGAAAGAGCAAAGGAGACACUCACCUCCCCCCUAUCUUGCUACCAUACGGGUCCUCUGUCACCGGCUUUGGAGACUGGGACUCAGACUUAGACCUCGCGUUGCUGCUGCCGUCCCUCUGCAGCGCAGCAGAGACAAAAGAGACACCGCAGCAGUCUCCUUGCUGCUCUCCUUUCUCUUCCUUUCCGUGCUGUCUCCUUUGUGGCCAGGGGGGAGACAACUGCCUCCAUAGCUUCCCCUCGAGAGCGGAGUCCGCUGCGCUGCUGACGCGGCUUGAGUGUCUCCUCCGCAGCGAAGAGCAGCUUGAGGGUCUCUUCACUUGCCUGGAGGUUGUUGUCCCCCAAAGAGCUCCCCCACUGCUGCGUGGGGUGUACAGACACCCGAGAACCCCACAAAGACGCAGGAGCAGCAGCGCAGCCAGCUGCCGCUCAAGGAGCAAAGAGAUGUCUCCAGCAGGAGACACUGCCAAGGGACAGUGCGUCUCUCUCCGUCCCUCUGGAGACCAACUCAACAGAAAAGGAGACAGUUUAAGGGCAUGCGACGAUGACAAGGAAGGGGGCAGAAAUUACGAGGAGACAAAGGAGACACACCAAACAAACAGGCUCAACAUCUGCCGCACCGCUGGGGGCCCAGCGAAAGGAGACAGCCGAUACUGUCCCUCUGCACACAGCGCAACCCUGGAAGUGUCUCCUCUUUUACAGCCAGACGGCCCACUACAAGGGCCUCCUCAAGGACCUCCGUGGGGCCCCCCUCCAGAAGCAGGAGACAUGGAGAGACACUCUGGGGGCCCCCCGCCUACGCCUGCAGCUGAGCCUGCCUGGGGGCCGUGCAGCCGAGUUAAGUUCGAGAUGACUGCUGGGUGUCCCCUGGGCCCUUUAAACUCGCAGUUGCUGAAGGAGUACGCCAGCUGCUGUGUCCUUUUGCCGCCUUUGGUUCGCAUAGUCCGGCACUGGGCAGACUGUAGGGGCCUCACAGGGACCCGGGAUGGCUGUCUCUCUAGCUACGCCUGGUCUCUCUUGGUGGUUUUCUUCUUGCAGUCGGUUUCUCCGCCGUUGCUGCCUCAGCUGCAGCAGCGCCCAUCUGCUGCGCACCUCCAGACCUCGCUGAAUGCCCCUCCUUACCCCACAAACGAAAGGAGGCACUUGAAGGGAGGCUGUCUCCGAAGCCUCCCGCCCUCUGCGGUGCCUGUAGAGAUCGUUGGGGGCCGCCACAGCGUUUGGUUCUUAAGGCCAGGGGCCGUUGACCCGUGGGGGCCCCGGACGCUGGGUUUGUUGCAGCCUGUGUUUAGGGGCGCUCGAGAGACUCAGCUGCUGCAGUGGCUGCAGAGAUAUCUGCCGGGGUGUCUCCUCCUGCUGCCUGAGGAGACACCGCAAGGCUCCACAAACUACCUGGAGGCAGGGCCUUUAAAACAACACACAGAAGGAAGUAAAACCCCCAAAGGGGAUAUCAACAACUUCUCUCAGCCCCCCCUCUUCACACUCCCUCGAACAGACAGCCCCAGGGGUCCAGUGGUCAGGCCACUGACUCCCCGCGAGAACCAAUACUCCACGGGAUCGGGGGAUCGAUACCCUACGGGGUCGGGGGAUCGAACAAUUCAGGGAUCGGGGGAUCGAAGCAUUCAGGGAUCGGGGGAUCGAAGCAUUCAGGGAUCGGGGGAUCGAAGCCUUCGGAAGUCGGGGGGUCAGUCCCCCACGGGAUCGGGGGAUCUAGCCCCUAUGGGAUCGGGAGAUCGGUCCCCCACGGGAUCGGGGGAUCGGUCCCCCCAUCGCCGGCGUCAAUCACGCUGCCAGCCUCCUCCUCUGAGCGACCAGGACUGGGUCAAGGUAGCGUCUCUAUUUUAUGCAUUUUUUGUGUUUUUCGGUUAUUCAUUUAACUCUUUGUCCCUUCUGGUGUCUCUACAAGGUCCUCCCCUACCAUGUAGAAAGCCCCCGAACAGAAGACGCUGUAAACAGAAAGGCUUCCAAGCAAAGGAGACACCUAAAGAGACUCCUCCUGUCUCCACAGAGCCCCCAACCCACCAGCUGUCUCCCCAGAGGGGAGACACAGGGCAAGGGGGCCCCACAGCGAUCAGUGAACCCCCACUGAAAGAUUGUAGUCCGAUGGGGGCAGUAAGGACAGCAGCAGCAGCCGAUGCAGCCGCAGGAGCACCAGAUGAAUGCGCAGCAGCAGCAACAACGAAUGAAGCAGCCACAACUACACACGACGAAGCACAAGCGACAAACACAGCAGCAGCAACAACAGAUGCAACAGCAGCAGCAACGCAUGCAACAGCAGCAGAAGUGCCGGCAGCAUCUGAAGAUCUGAGGAAGGGCCCCCUUGAAGGUCGCGAGACGCAAUGUACAGACGUCGACAGGGAAGAGACACCUAAGGACCCAGCAGGUGAACUGCUUAGGGCCCUGGGAGAGCAACAAGCUAUCUCCACUGCUAUGCAAUCUGUCUCCUUUGGUGUUGCCAUUGAGGACCCGCUGGAGGUGGGGAGACACCACGCCUACAGCAGGCCUCAAGGUGAGAACGGAUGCCCUUUGACUGCAGCAGCAGCAGCAACAGUAGCAGCAGCAGCAGCAGCAGCAGCAAAGGUGGCAGCAGCAGCAACUGGCCUUGAGGAUGUCCUGUGGUGCGAGGUGUUUUACUAUGAAAUGCAAAGGGCAGAGAGGCUGCUAAGAGACGGGUGA